UCUCCCAGAAAUCAAAAUCUUCAGCUUUCUGUUUUUGGCGUUUGAAAGAUUCGUUCUUUUAAUUCCCGAUCAGGGUUUUGGCGGUAAGUGUAUCUGUUAGGUCUCCACUGAUCAGUAAAAGAAAGCUCUUUUAGCUUUACAUGUCUCUGAAACUUCUGGAGUCGUCACAAAGCUCCGUCGAAUCUUUCACCCUGCAUCUCCUCUCAUGGCGUCCGUUUCACACCGCUGGUUAACGCCCUUGUCUCUCUCAUCGCUCCGCUUUCUCCAUUGAAGCUUUUAGCCGUCUCUCGCUAGCAGACAACGACAAUGGAGUGAAAUCGAGUUACAGGAGAGGAGGUUUCAGGCCUGUGGAGAGAAAACGGCGUCGUCGUGGGUCUAGAUCGGGUUCUGGUCGGAGUAGUGAUCGAAGCGGGACUCUUCGGUGCUGCUCUGUCAAUGCUCAAGUGACCACUUGCUCGGAAUUUCAAUUCGCUGUUGGUACGGAUUCUAUUGGGGAACUAUUCUGUGAAGCGAAUUGGUCCUCCGAUGUGAGUGAGGCGGCGCGAAAUUCACGGAGUGAUCGAGAUUCAAGCGUCGGAGAAAAGGAAGGGGGAGGAUUAGGAUUUGGGUUUGGGAUUGUUGAAUCAAUGGGUAACGAAUCCGGUUACGGGAGCGAACCUGGUUAUCGAGGGGAUGCUGAAAUUGGUUACGGUGAUGAGUUCGAUGAGGAAGAAGAAGAUUCCAAGCUCUUGUUUUGGGGAGAUACAGAAUCAAGCAAGGAGAUUUGUGCUGAGGAAAAGGAGUUCUCAGACAAAAAAUCUCACUAUAGAUGUCGUCGAGUCAGAAGGAAUGAUUACAACAAAGCUGUUGAUUCCAUGACUCAUAACAUUUCUUUACUUCAUCUUCAACCUUAUAGAUUCGAUCAAAGCAAUGCCAUUUCUUCAGGGGAUUGACUUUGAUCCACUGAGAUGGGAAACUGCUUCUGAGUCGCAAUGCAAAAUCGCAAAGCCUUGAGAAGUUGUAUAGAUGUUUUUUCUUUACUUCAUCUUCAACCUUAUAGAUUCGAUCAAACCAAUGUCAUUUCGUCAGGGGAUUGACUUUGAUCCACUGUGAUGGGAAACUGCUUCUGAGUCGCAAUGCAAAAUUGCAAAGCCUUGAGAAGUUGUAUAGAUGUUUUAUUCAUGAUUGUACAAUUCUAAGAGAAGAAACCAAGGUUUGGUUACGAACAAGAAUUAUGAAAUCAAAGAAAACUGUUGUUGGGCA